AUGCGGCGUGCGCAUAUUGUGAUUGACGCAUUCACAGGUGUUGCGUCAGAAGUCAUCAAAAAUGUGGUGCUUGCUGGCAUUGGUAAACUUACCAUUGUUGAUGCGAGGUCCAUUCAACCUGAGGACCUAUCUGCCUCGUUCUUUUUUCGCUCUGAGGAUGUAGGAACCCCGCGUAUUGGCGACGCGCCACUUCAACGGAUCAAGCAACUAAAUCCGCACGUACACGUCGAUGGUGUAUCACAUGAGGGCGUGCUUUCCGAGGAAGCAUUCGAACGUCUCAAGCCUGAUGUUGUACUUGUAACUCAGGGCAAUCGCGAUGAACUUAUUCGAUGGAAUGAUGCUUGUCGCAAGCAUUCAGCCAUGUUUUUUGCCGCAGCUACUCAUGGCCUGAGCGGGUUUAUAUUCUGCGAUCUCCUCGCACUCGAAUACGUCGAAGAACGACCUGUUGCAGGCGCAAAGGAGAAGGUGCCUGUUCGAUACCGACAGGACUUUGUUCCUUUACGGUCAUCGUUGGAGUCGCGCUGGUCAUUUCACCCCAGUCCCGGCCUCCUAGCUACAUGGGCUCUUUGGUCGACGAUGGACCAAGAGUGUGCGAACGAGCUGAAAGACGAAGCUGCAUUUCAAGGGGAGCUCGAAAAGCACGCUCAACUCAUCAUGGAUGAACACGGUGUCAAGACGGCAUCGGUAUUUCGCCGCAUGGAUGCACAGGCCUAUUUUGCCUCUUUUGCACGGGCUACGUUCCCUAUCGUGAAGGGACAAUGCGACGCAGCCUUUGCCCCUACAAGUGCUAUUCUUGGUGGUAUCGUUGCACAGAGCGUACUGAAUGCGUUGGGUCGGCGUGAGGAGCCAAUUGUCAACUGGUGCAUUCUUGAUGCGUCGCGCGGCACAGCCGAUAUUCAUUCAAUCGGCCCUCCUUCUGCAGUGGCACUAUAG